AUGACUUCUGUCCCGAACCAAGACACCUCAAUCCCACCAGACCAUUGCACAACUGCCGGCCUGCUGGCAGAAUAUUACACCCUAACGGCAAUCGCACUGGCACUGGUUCUCCUACGAGCCUGGGUGCGCCUCCGUCUAACCAGAAACUGGGGCUGGGACGACACAUGUAUCGUAGUCGCCUGGAUAGCCCUCCUAGCAGGCCUCAUAGCAAUCCAACUCGAAGCCAACCUCGGCCUCGGCCGACAUGUCAUCUACCUCCCGGACCCAGAACACACCGUGCUCCAAAUCCUCAAGGUCAACACGAUAUACCAAAUGAUCAACGUGAUCUGCUCCCUGGUAACCAAGUACUCGAUCAGCCUCUACAUCCUGCGAAUCCAAAAUAGCCGUGCCGUCCGCUGGAUCCUCGCCUGGCUGAUGCUGUUCAUGACACUGGCUACUAUCGGUGUGGUCGUCAUCCUCACUGUCUCCUGCAUCCCACUGGAAAGACUGUGGAACAAGGAUGUCCCCGGUAUCUGCCUGUCCCAGACAUCCGUCUACAGCGUAUCGUAUGUCCAUUCUGGGUUCACGAUCGUGAUUGAUCUCUGCUUGACUUCGGCACCGGUUAUCAUCCUCUGGCAUGUGAGGAUUACCCGGGGUCGCAAGACGCUGAUUUGUGGGCUGAUGAGUCUGGGCCUUGUGGCGACUGUUUCGAAUGCUUUGAGGAAUUGUUUUCAGAGGGGGUUGACAGCGCCGGAUAUGCCAUACGCCAUAACAAACGUAUCCAUUGUCUCCAUCCUCGAAGUCGGAACCGGCGUUAUUGCCGCUUGUAUCCCAGCCUGCGUCCCUGCUUUCGGGUGUAGACAAAAAGCCAAGCCGGCUACGCCGAGUUAUCGUGACAAGCCGAUUUCCAUUAUCAGGGGGGACGAUUGG